CGUGUUUGUGUGUGGUCUGGGUUUAUACGUGGUGUUGGUGUGUGUGUGUCUGUUUUUUUUAUUUAUUGUUGCGCUUGCGGGUUGGUACAGGGGGACGCGUGUAACACGUGAUACAUGUCACACACGUGUGUAACAUGUGAUGCAUGUCACACACAUGUGUGCUUGUGUAUGUGCACGUGUGCGCGCGCUUUUGUGGCGAUUUUAGUUUCCGAUUAGCACUGCUGGCUACUGCGUAGGGUGCGAAAGCAGUUCUCCAUGUGAGUAAUCGGCGUGCAUAUGGGGAGCUGUGGAUCCGUGGCUAGCGCACUGCGCUCCGGACACAGGGUCACGAGUGCAACGCUCAUUUAAGGCCAACACCAUUUGCCCAUUAUCCGGACCUGUCCUGGGUCUCCCCUAGGUCGACUCGGUGUUAACUAAGACACGGUGCGGUGUGUAAACAACAGCACUAGGGAGACAAAGGCGUGGUAUUGGGCACCCACCGCCUCACGUGCCGGCCUUAUUUAGCUGCUCGCAAUUAACAAUCCUUUAACGGCGGGCUAUAUAGGAUAUUCGUCUUUUGCAUGGAGCUGUCUACGUGUGUGAGUUUGUAGUAAGCGUGAGUCUGAUCUACAUUUGCAGCACUCGCGAUAUCGAUCAUCGUAUAAGUCGUAGGCGCAGUCGUUUGGGGUUUUGUGGUGGGAGGGCAGUGGAUGGUAGCUCCUCCAAGCACGACGCGGGGAGUGGCGAUGGUGAUGACGAUUAUGAGAAGGUGGCGGUGCCUCGGGAAGGGGGCGGGAAGGAGCGGGUGCCUGGGCAGGGACGCGUUUUGUCGGCGUCUUAGCCAAUAGCUCUCCCUUUUAGCAUCACAACCCCCUCCUCCCCCGUCCCCACAGCCACCUACCUCCAUCAUCACCCUACCCCGAACACGCUCAUCGAAUGAGAAGAUUGACGUCCAACCUGCCCUGAAAAAAAUGGAGGGCGGGAGAGGUGGGGCCUUAUUUCACCCAGGCACCGAGCCGCGGGGGUGUCACAGGAGGAGCGUAGAGGCGCGCGUGCGGGUAGUCGUAGGGAGCGCGGGUAGUCGUAGGCAGCGGGUGUCUGCGCUCUGCUUCCGCGGGCUGCACACGGGCACAGCACGCGCGGGCUGCUGUAGCCACGAAUAGCCGGGUUGGGGAGCCGGUGGCCGCGUGCACGCGCGCGCAAUUGGCCUCGCGUAAGUUUUUUUGUGCGCGGCGUUGCGAGCCAAUUUCACGGCGACCUCGCAUGGCAAACGGUGAGGAUACGACCGGACGGUCAGACGUGACUGUGGAGGGAUAACAUUACGCAUCAUUCACGCACGCACACGCCUCGAGUGAAGGCUAUCUAUCGUGCGCGCGGUUUAGGUAGGGACGACAGACGCAUGCGAAUUGGAUGGAUUGACAGAACCAUCCGUCACACGCGCGCAGUCGAGAGACACGGAGGGAGAGCGAGAGAAAGCGAUAGACACCCAGGGGACACGCAGAUCGCUUUUACGGUGACCCCAGCGGCGAGCCGUGAACUGUGGAGCGUUGCCCCCGAGGCCGGGCGAAAGUUGGCAAACCGCUCAAGUUUCACCGCGCCGGCCGCGACGAUCUCCGCGAGCCAUGGCUGAGUCGCCAGCGGCGCCGGGAGACGGCGGUGAAGCCAAUGGAUCCUCGUGCGGAGACGGAAUCACCCCCCGCGACCCACAGCAGCAGCCGCCGCCGCCAGCGCCGCACAGGCCCACAGACUUCUUCAUCGAGACCAUCCUCAGCCCCGAGUUCGGGCGACGGCGGAGCGCCGAUGUCGCCGGCGCUCCUGGUGCUGAUGCUGGAGGUGGCAGCGGCGGCGGCGGCGGUGGUGGUGGUGGCGGUAGCAGUGGUGGGACGUUUUCCGGUCAGCGUGAUGCCUUGCGGGGGGUCUUGGCAGCCGGCUCGCUGGAAGCCGUGGGCGCGGAGGUUCGAGUUCCGUCCGUGGGGCUCGGCGAGAGAGACGGAGGCGCGGCGCCCGUGGGCUCUCCGGCCGGGGCUUGUGGAGUGGGCGCCGGAGCCGCUGCGGGCGCGGACGGGCAGCCUCCGAGCGGGGUCAAACCGCUCAUGUGGCCGGCUUGGGUGUACUGCACGCGGUAUUCUGACAGGCCUUCGUCCGGUAAGUGCCCGCGGAUCCGCAAGGCGAAGAAGCGCGCCGAGGGCGGCUGCGAACCCAAGCGGCCGCGCACCGCCUUCACACCGGAGCAGCUGUCGCGCCUCAAGGCCGAAUUCCAGGCAUCGCGCUACCUCAGCGAAGCCCGGCGCCAGGCGCUGGCGAGGGACCUGCAGCUGAGCGAGGCGCAGGUGAAGAUCUGGUUCCAGAACAAGCGCGCCAAGCUCAAGAAGGCGAACGGCGUGCGCAACGAACUGGCUCUGCAGUUGCUCGCGCAGGGCCUCUACAAUCACUCCACCACGUCGCACGCGGGAGAAGGAGACCGUGACGAGAUGAGCGACUGAGCUGGCGAGCGAGCGAGAUGGCGAGAUGGCGAGAGAGAUUGGAGAUAGAGAGAUGGCGAGAGAGAGAGGACGGAGACCUUGAAACGAUCUCGCCACGGGACCCGCCGCGGGAACGCGGAGUGAGUGAGGUUGAGUGGUGAGAGCCAGCCCGGUCACCAAUGAAUGGAGGAGGACGGCGGCCGCGCUUGGCAGCAGCAUGACACGACGGACAUUAUGAGAGCCAUUAGGGGGCUGCAAGACGCGGCGAUGUAGAAC